AUGAGUGGAAAGCAAUUGUAUUUAACUUUGCUUAUUCUAUCUGCUGCUUCAGUAUCAGGCUAAUUACUGCAGGAUGGAAAGUUUUGCAACGUAAAUGAAGACUGCAUCUCUAAUUGCUGCAUUGAUAAAAGAUGCUAAAUCAACAACAAUUGUAAAGCUCUUAAAGCGAUGGAUGAUUUUGUGAAAGGCAACUACUGUGACAUUAAUGUGCACUGUGCCUCUAAGUGCUGUCUAUUUGGAGAGUGUGUUGAAUAUGAUCAGUGCUUUUAAAGGUAUGAUCUUCCAAUAAUACUCGGUCUUGCUUGUGGAAUUGGCCUCGCAUUCUUAUUGAUGCUUUUGGCUUAUUUAUUCACUCCUAAAAAGAGAUAGGCUCCAGCACCUGCUCCAUAGAAAUAAAUAGAAGAGGAGAUAAUAUAAGAUGAUCUUGGAGGACCAAUAUACUAUGAAGGAGAUUAGAACCCACCUAUGACACCUCCAAUGGUUGAAGAUUUACAGCCUAUGCCUAUUCAAUAAGAAGAGCUGUUUGAGGAUAAUGUUGAAGUAGGAUAUUAUGAUGAGAAAAUGUAAGUAUUUUCAAGGGAUUACUAGAGAUCUACUCCUAAUGAUCACAAUUAGAAUACCUCUAAUCUAGAUAGCUCCUAAUAUGCCACCCAGCAAGAUUAACCUCUUAUGAGAUGA